UGUUUUCCUAAAACCAGUAGGGUGUGUUCACGGUGUUAUGAAUUCUGAUAAGAUACACAAUAGUCAAUAAAAGUAAAUCGGUUAAAUCAUUUUUCUAUACAUUUUAUUGUGUUUUAUGAUUAUCGUUUGGAUUUCGCAUUGCAGUUAAGGUUAAACACAAUUUCAUGAACAUGGUGUACUCAGUAUAAGUAGACAAACAAAAAUAAGACAAGAAAAUGUUCCAAAAUCAUUUUUUCACUCUGGUAAUUGUCUGUCUCAUACCAACGUUCUGCUGGUCUCAGAACAAUGAAAUCGAGACCGAAUGGCAGUGUCCAGAAUAUUGGGUCAAGUAUGGCCAGUCGUGUUAUAAAUUUGUCAAGUCGCCAAUACGACCAAGAACUGAGGCUCAUCGAAACUGCUUGGCUUAUGGAGCUGAUUUGGUAAGCGUAAACAGCUUAGACGAGCACGGUUUCCUUAUAAAUCAACUUUUACGUCAAGAUCCACAGCAUAGACAGUGGUAUGUCAGUGGUAGACAAUCAAGUCCGGGUGUGUGGGUAAAUGAUGCUGAAAAUACUGUACCGCUGAUAGAUAUUGAAAAUGCUCUUUUGCCUGAACAAGACUCUACUCUGAACAAGGAUUAUAUCGCUUAUACUUAUUCCGAUCAGUUACAAAAAUGGGGUUUUCAAAAAGUUCCCGGUGACCGCUAUUUACUUUAUAUAUGUGAAGUACCUAUUACUAAACAGCAUAUGGUAAUCGAUCAACGAUCCUACCAAUAUGGAUAUAAUAUAGAAGAUCCACUGAAAGUUCCUAGAGGACCACAUUUUAUUAAACAGCCAUCAGAUGUUGUAUUUGACGGCUCUAGAAAGGCAAUUACUAAUGAUGUAACAUUAACCUGUGUUGCUGGAGGAUACCCUACUCCGACUUAUGAAUGGUUUAAAGAAGAAUAUGAUAACCAAGACCAAUUGCAAUCAAUAAAAAUUGACCCGUUAAGCAACACUAGAUUUACAUUGAGUGGUGGAACAUUAAUCAUUUAUGCCCCAAAAAGGGACGAAGACCGAGGUCGUUAUCAUUGCAAGGCAUCAAAUUUGUUUGGUUCUAUUGUAUCAGAAAGCAUUCAGCUGUCAUUUGGAUUUAUUGGUGAAUUUAAUUUACAAAGACCGCUAGAAAGAGGAAACAUGAAUUGGGGCAAAACUAUUUUCUGUGAUCCUCCACAAUAUUUCCCUGAGGUCAGAUAUUAUUGGGUCAGAGAAUCUUUUCCAAAUUUAGUGCAAGAAGACAGAAGAGUGUUUGUCUCGUAUGAUGGAUAUUUAUAUUUCUCAGCAUUGGAAGAAAUCGAUGCUGGUAAUUACAGUUGCAAUGUGCAAAGUAAAGUCUCAAAUACUGGCAAAAACGGACCAUUGUUUCCACUACACGUAGUUAUGCAUUCCGAUUAUCAACAACUGAUACUGCCGAACAAUUUCCCCAAGGCUUUCCCAGAGGCACCUAUUGCUGGUCAAGAAGUCAGAUUAGAAUGUGUUGCAUUUGCAUAUCCAGUGCCUUCAUACAACUGGACAAGAAAAGGAAGUCCGUUACCUAGGGGAUCCUAUUUAACUAGCUAUAACAGGGUAUUGAUUAUACCUCAAGUACAAGUAGAGGAUCAAGGUGAAUAUUACUGUCAUGUUUUCAAUGAUCGAGACAGCAAAGAAAAAAGUGUUUCAUUGUCAAUUCAAGCCGAGCCAAAUUUCACUAUUCCGUUAGAAGACAAACACAUGGAUAAUCAAGCAGAUUUGACGUGGACUUGUGAAGCAUUUGGUGUACCUGACGUAACAUAUAAAUGGUUCAAGAAUGGCGAACCACUAGAAAUCGAAAAAUUAUCAAUAGAUGAUCAAAAACGAUAUUCGAUACAAGAUAAUGUGUUAAAUAUACGAUAUUUGGACGCAGAAAGAGAUUCCGGAAUGUAUCAGUGUCAAGCUCGAAAUACUUUGAAGACACGAUAUUCAUCUGCACAAUUAAGAGUUUUGUCUUUACGCCCCUCUUUUAAAAAGAAGCCUGUAAAGCCCGAGGUCUACGGUGCCGAAGGUAAGAACGUAACAAUUGAAUGCAGUCCCGAAGCGGCACCUAAACCAAAAUUUACAUGGAAAAAAGAUGCAUACGUUAUUGGAUCUGGGGGGAAACGUCGUAUUUUAGAAAAUGGUAAUUUAAUCAUUAACCCAGUAGGUAAAGAUGACGAAGGUAUUUACAUAUGUAUCGCACAAAACAUUUACGGAACAGAAGAAAGUCAAGGAAGACUCAUUGUUAUGCGAGGGCCUGUUUUUGUGGAACAACUUAGUCCUCAAAUUCGCACAGUUAUAAAACAUGAUAUGUUGUUAAGAUGCCAAGCUGUUUCCGAUGAACUUUUAGAUAUGGCUUAUAUUUGGACUCACAACAGCAUGCCAUUGUUAAAUUCAAAUGCCGAGAUGAUAAAUCAUGUUACUAUUAAUGGAGGAGAGCUGUAUAUUCAUAAUAUUACAUUAGAAGAUUCAGGCGAGUACAAAUGCAUUGUGCAUAGCGUUGUUGGAGAAAUAUUUUCAUCCACCACACUAUUUGUAGACGGACCACCAGGACCACCUGGUGGAGUACAAGUAGAAGUCAUAAAAACAUCGGCUAAGCUACAGUGGACUGAUGGGGCAGCGAAUGGGCGACAAAUUACACAUUAUAUAGUCAGUGCUCGGACUAACUGGAAUAGUACUUGGUACACAAUAGCGACAGAUAUUAUUACCAAAGAAGUUGACAGGUAUAAUGGUCGUAAAGAAGCGUUUUUAGAAAAUGUACUUAUGCCUUGGUCUAAGUAUGAGUUCAGAAUGGUGGCUGGAAAUGAUAUUGGAUUUGGAGAGUUGUCAUUACCAUCGCCUCAAGUCAAUACACCUCCUGACCGUCCAUAUAAAGCACCUAAAAACAUCACUGGCGGAGGAGGAAAAAUAGGAGAUCUAACUAUAAUAUGGAAGCAACUACCUCCUCAAGAUCAAAACGGACCAGGCAUUUAUUAUAAAGUGUACUGGAGACGUGUGGAUCAUGAUAGUGAGUUUCAGUAUGAAACUUUGCAAGACAGUGGUAAUAUUGGAAUGGCUGUUGUACAUGUAAAACCAGAAUUUUUUUACACUCAAUAUGAAGUUAAAGUCCAGGCAUUUAAUUCAAUUGGUGCUGGACCUAUAUCCGAACCGAAAAUAAUAUAUAGCGCUGAAGACAUGCCUCAAGUAUCUCCGCAACAGGUCUCUGCUUUGUCUUACAACUCUACUUCAAUCAAUGUCACCUGGGUUCCGAUUGAUCAGUCUCGAGAGUUACUACGCGGAAAAUUAAUAGGCCACAGGUUGAAGUAUUGGAAAAAAAAUGAACUUGACAGAGAAGAAGAUGCUGUAUACUAUUUGAGCAGGUCUACAAAACCUUGGGCCCUCAUUGUUGGUUUGCAGCCUGAUACAGAAUAUUAUGUCAAAGUAAUGGCUUACAACUCGGCCGGUGAAGGCCCUGAAAGUGAACGUUUCAUUGAACGUACUUACAGGAAAGCUCCUCAAAAGCCACCUUCUGCUGUUAUUAUCGAAGGUGUAAAUCCAGACACUAUCCGUGUAAGCUGGCGAUAUGUCGCCCCAACACUAGAAGAAGAACCAAUUAGAGGCUACAAGGUGCGUAUUUGGGAAUCUGAUCAAGACAUGAGUACCGCAAAUGAUACUAUAGUUCCUCUCGGGAACAUACUAGAAGCACAGAUUUCACAUCUAACCACUGGCAAAAUAUACAAAUUGCGAGUGUUGGCUUAUUCCAAUGGAGGAGAUGGUCGUAUGUCAUCGCCAGCUAAAACUAUCCAAAUGGGAAGUUUCAGUAAGUAAUAAAAAUAGUGAACAUAUUCUUCAGACAACAACAAAAUGACAUGUGAUCCUGAAUUGUAUUCAGUUGGGUUGGCUACGAAAAACUCUGCUGUUUCUGUAUUAAUGUUAAUGUUUGUUGUGAAACUAUUGAAUAAUAUGUUCUUACCACAAUAGUAGCGCUUAAUGCAUGGCAUGCACAAUAAUCUCAUUUAAAAUUCAUAAUUAUUUAUCUACUUUUACAAACAAUAUGUAUUAUAAAUGGUAUUAUUAGCAUUUAAGAUUUUAAUUUAGAACCAAAACCUUAAAUGACUCAAGUUAACAAUUUUUUUUUUACAUAAUAUGGAAUACUUGCUGUGUAUACAAUUAAAUUAAUGAUUCUCUUUUUUUUUAACAAUAUUAUACAUUUUAAGAUAAUAUUAUAUUAUGAUGCGAGACUCAAUAUUUUAGAAGUAUUUAAAUAGAUAUAAAAGUCAUGGGAACUGUUUAUUUGAAAAUAUAAUAAAAUAUUCAAAACUUUUAUAAAUAUUUCUAAAACUUGACUAUAUGACUUUAAUUUAUUUUAAUUUUUAUGUUUUUUUUUUAUUUUUAAUCAAAACUAAUUUGAGAUAUGUGUUCAUAAGCCAUUUCAUUUUCAUUAUUAUAUUUUUAUAAUGUAUACAUUUUUUUUUGUAUUAUGAGAAAGCUUUAAAUAAGCACAAAAUGAUAAAUUAUAUCCGUCCAUUAGUAUACUUUAGAAUAAGAACACCAUUAAAUAUAUAAUAAUAUAUUUAUGUAACAAAUAUGCAUCUUUAUUGUUGUGUAUUUUUAUUACUAAAAGAUAACAUUUUUUUUAUUUUUUAAACAGCUUUUAUAAAUUUUUUUUUUGUACUACACAUAUUUAUAUUAUUAAAUUAAUAAAACAAAGUUUUUUAGAUAUUAUAUAAUAAUAUAAGUACCUGAUUUUUAACUAA